AUGAGUCGCUUCAAAUUCGUAGAUGUUGGUAUCAACUUGACAGAUCCUAUGUUCAGAAGAAUUUAUAGGGGGGUUCAAAAGCAUCAAGAUGACUUACAGGAUGUAAUAGAGAGAGCUGUUCAGAUUGGUGUUAAAAAGUUUAUGAUUACAGGUGGAAAUCUACAAGACAGUAAAGAUGCAUUGCAUUUGGCACAGACAAAUGAUAUGUUUUUCAGUACAGUUGGGUGUCAUCCUACAAGAUGUGAUGAAUUUGAAAAGAAUAACCCUGAUCUUUACUUGAUGGAGUUACUAAAUCUCACUGAAAACAACAAGGGGAAAGUUGUAGCAAUAGGGGAAUGUGGACUUGAUUUUGACCGACUGCAGUUUUGUCCUAAAGGUACUCAGCUCAGAUAUUCUGAAAAACAGUUUGAACUGUCAGAACAAACAAAAUUACCAAUGUUUCUUCACUGUCGGAACUCACAUGCUGAAUUUUUGGACAUAAUGAGAAGGAAUAGAGAUCGGUGUGUAGGUGGAGGGGUGCAUUCAUUUGACGGUAGCAAGGAAGCAGCAGCUGCUUUGAUGGACUUGGGUCUCCACAUAGGAGUUAAUGGUUGGCCAAGAAACUGA